AUUGACACAAUGCGUUUGCUUUCACUUUUGCCAUUUACAGCAUCCUUUGCAGUUGUUGCUGCCGCCGCCAAACAGCAAGUGCCUCUUGGACCGUCAACCCUUUUCCAGAUCCCAACUAUAGGCUUCGGAACAUGGAAUCUAAAAGACAAUGCUACAGAGGCAGUGUCAUAUGCGAUUCAGACCGGUUACAGACACGUUGAUUGUGCAGCCGCAUAUAGCAAUGAGAAUGCUGGACUGUCUCGCGAAGACGUCUGGGUGACCUCCAAACUCUGGAAUGAUCAUCACGAUCCUGCUCUAGUCGAAGCCGCCAUUGACAAGACACUAUCCAAUCUCAACCUAGACUAUCUGGAUCUUUAUCACAUGCAUUGGCCAGUGGCUGAGACGAGCAAAGGCAACGAAAUCUCUUUUCUUGAAACUUGGGAAGCCAUGGUUCGACUAGUUCGGUCGGGAAAAACAAGACGCAUUGGGAUCUCCAACUUUUCACCUGCCCAACUGGAUACCUUGCUGAAUCAUACGACCCAUGUCCCAUACGCCCACCAAAUGGAGUUACACCCCUACCUUCAGCAAGAAGAUUGGAUUCAGUAUCACAAGGUGCGCGGUAUCUAUGUGACCGCUUACUCCCCUCUUGGAGGAACCAAUCCUACCUAUCACGAAAAGGACAAACACUUGCCUCCUCCAUUGCUCAAGAACAAAGCAAUGAUCAAGCUGGCAGACAAACACAACACGACGACUGCCGGAAUAUCAUUGGCUUGGGGCAUGAGUCGAGGCACGAGCGUCAUACCCAAGAGCGCACAUGCAGACAGAAUCAAAGAGAAUUUGGAAAGCAAGCAUAUCGAGCUUGACUCGGACGAUCUGAAAAUUCUCGCACGACUCGGCCACGUCUUUACUCACAGAUAUAAUAACCCGAGUAAGAGCUGGAAAGUCAAAUUGUAUGAAGGCUUGGAGGGCGCAUAA